CUGUUGAUUUUUUUUAAAGAUCAGUUCCCCUUUCUAUUCUUAAACUCCACCUGAGCUGGUGUAUAGUGAAAAUUUGACUAAGACAUACGUACUCAUCGGUUGUAUUGCGCACGACUGAAAAAGGGGCAAGUCACGUGAGGGGGUUCGAGUCCAUAUAAGGUAAAAGGCGACCAGCGUUAAUAGACGUUCAGACUUCAUAUGACACCGUCAUGCAUGAUUGAGUUAGUUCAGUUGCCGAAAAUAGCACGGUGUUAAAAAUGGUUCUCUGUUUAUUAACCGCGACCCCUGCACUAUAGUUAUUUAACUGGAGUUUUGUACCUGGCUCAGCAAAUUUCAUGUAAACGCGUAUGCAUUUUGCGAGACUAGGGAAACAGGGGUGUCUACUGCCUGAAAGCCGUGAGAAUAAAGCUUAUGCGAAGUCACAUACGAACCAGGAAGUUUAGAAGUAAAAAAAAUAAUAACUGCUAGGCUUUUUUUUUUACACAGCCACAAUAAAUAUACUUCAGGAGGCCUUGCAUGUUAAUCUGGCAUCGACGUGUGUUUAUCAAGCUGCAUUUUCAAUAUCUGAAAUAAUCUGUUGCGGUUCGAGACUUCGAGUAUGGAUAGUGUCACGGAUGCUCCACUGCUGAACACCACCCAGGCGGUGUUAGUCUCUUGCUUGUCCUUCGUCGUUCUCAUCACUGUCGUCGUCGUUGUUUGCUGUUGUAUGCGACAAAAUGGCCGUCGAAAGUGCUGCGGGGAAACGGCACAGACUGCUUCUCCGGAAUUAGAAGCCAUUGAAGCUCAAGACACAACCGCAAUAGUUUCAGAGCCCAAUAAGGAGACCUCCAAAGUUCACCAACAAAUUGUAACCGACGAUGACAUGGAGUACGCAUACGCUGCCACGGGCAACGAGCUGCGGACACCAGCAGGUUUAAAACCGGGGGGCCCACACACAUACUCAAACGUGAAUCUGGACCAGAGAAACGGAAUGAAUGCCCGUGGUGUGCGACCUGGCAAGAAGCACGAACCAGCCAUCACCGAGCAACUUAACAUGAAUAGGAGGAGCGACCCCGAGGAUGAUGACUCGCUCGAGUAUGCCCAACCAGACCUAGACUAUAAGAACAUGGCGUUUAACAAACAACCUGGAAAACAAGCAAGUAAAAUGGAGCAUGAAUACUUCGACCAAAAGAAAAUGCCAAACACAACUGGUCCCGAGGAUACUGCUGCUGAUGACGAUGACGACCUUGAAUACGACUACGCAUACACUCACCCGGUCCGGGUACCAGGCAGCCCUAAUCCGAGGGAACACCACCCUACAUCGCCAAGAAUUCAGAAAAAUAUGUUGGCCAGAAGUGGGGCUGCGGAACAGGAAACAAUUGAACAUGAAUACUUUGACCAAAAGAAACUUCCAAAUUUGGGUCCAGAAGAAGAAGGUGACGACGAUGACCUCGAAUACGAUUACGUAUACACUCACGCUCUCCGGGUACCAGGCAGUCCUAGACUGGGGGACCCCCACCCUAGAUUGCCAAGCCAUCAGAAAAACACUCUAACCAGCAAUGGGGCUAAGGAACAGGAAGUUACAGUUGAACAUGAUUACUUUAGCCAAGGGAAGUUUCCAGACAUAAACGGACUCAAGGAGCGCCCGUUGGUCCCAGCCCGCUUCAGACGGGUCGACAAGCCUACUGCAGAUGAUGAUGACAGCCAAGAGGAUGAGGAUCACGAGUAUGUCAAACUACCGUCGCCGGUGUCCGACGAUCUCGAGUACGAUUACGCUUGCGACCACCAGCUGCGGGUACCAGGCACACCUAAAUCGGGAGAAUCACAUCCCGAGCGUUCAGUUGCCGAGACUUCAAGGGACCAACUUGACAGCGACGAUGAUGAUGACCAUGACUAUGCCGACCCGCAAUCACCGGUGUCCGAUGAUCGCAAUUACGACUACGCAUACGGUCACCAGCUGCGGCUAGGCACACCAGGCAGCCCUAAACCAGGGGAACCACACCCUAGAUCACCCAAUGUUUACGAGAACUCUCCUCUUACUCGGAGAAGGGGUGAGGAGCAGGGUUUCACAAGCCGUGGCGAAAACGAAGCCUUCGAACUUCGAAACCCCCCGAGCCCCCUCCAUGGACACAACAAACCGUUGGUGUCUCCCCGCGUUAAACUAGGUGGUAUUAAAACCCCAAAUUCGCGCUUCGACUUCAAGCCAUAAACAAAGCAUGACCCCCACAAGACUAGGGCCCAAUUUCAUAGCGCUGCUUAACAGUCGACUUUGUGCUUA